UAUGAGUGUUUUUAUCUCAAAAGUCAAUACAAUGACGGGAAAGCUUGAGUGGCAUUUAGAAAAUGAAAAUUAUGAUUAUGACCAGGAAAUAGCUAGAUCUUCGUAUGGAGAUAUGCUUCACGACACUGAAAGAAAUGUUAAAUACGGUUUGGCGCUGGAAAAAGCUAUAAAAGAUUUGCAUUCUAAAGGAGUAAAAGCUAACGUAUUGGAUAUUGGUACUGGUACUGGUCUCCUGUCGAUGCUAGCCGCCCGGCAUGGUGCUGAUAAAGUUACAGCUUGCGAAGCUUUUGAGCCAAUGGCUGCCUGUGCCUUAAGGAUAAUAGCUAAAAAUGGGUUUUCUGAUAGAAUAAAAUUAGUUUCAAAGCGCUCCACUGAUUUAACUGUCGGUGAAGAGGGCGAUUUGGAAGAAAGAGCAAAUAUAUUGGUGACCGAAGUAUUUGAUACAGAGCUGAUAGGGGAAGGGGCCGUUGAGACUUUUCGCCAUGCACAUAAGUACCUUUUACAAUCUGAUUGCAUUGUGAUACCGAACAAAGCAAGAAUGUUCUGUCAAAUAGCAGAUUCCCAAUAUAUACAUACUUGUAAAAAUCUAGAACCAAUUGAUACUCUAAGACCUCCAAAAAAUGUUCCUAACUGCCCAGGUACAAUAUCACUCCAUGAUAUUCAACUUGAAAACUUAAAAGAUCAAUUUACACCUUUAAGUGAACCAGUUCAAGUAUUCACAUUUGACUUUAGUGGAAAAUCCGACAUUGUUGACAAUGAAAAUAAGUGUAAUAAAGUGACUAUUAAAAACGAUGGCAAAGUAAAUGGUAUGUUUAUGUGGUGGGAUACUGAAAUGUAUGAUGGAAUUUGGUUAAGUUGUGCACCUAGUUGGGCUCGUUCCGAUCGACCUCAAUGGAGGGAUCAUUGGAUGCAAGCCAUAUUCUAUACACAAAGCACUCUUAAUGUAAAAAAGAACGAAGAAGUUUUUCUCUACUCUUACCAUGAUCAAUUUUCUCUCUGGUUUGAUGUGAGAAGAGCAGGUUAUCUCAAAAUAGAACAACCGUUGUGCAAUUGUGGCUCUCAUAUGGGCUAUAGCAGACCUCGAAUUGGCCAAUUAAAUGACAAAGACUUAAAUAAUCAAUAUUUAUCAGCCCUAAAAAGUCUAAUUCAACCAAAUACAGCUUGUUUGUCCUUAUCAAAUGGUUCCCUACUACCUAUUAUGGCUGCAAACCUUGGGGCAAGAGUGGUAAAUAUAAUCGAACCUCAAAAAAUAUAUCGUAACUUCUUACAAGAAUAUGCUAACGAAAACAAUAUUGAAAACAGACUUGUGUUUUACGAAAGUAUCCAAGCUUUUAUAGAAAAUUGUACAGACACAAUAGAUGUUGUUCUCUCUGAACCAUAUUUUAUUGAGGCAUACCUCCCGUGGCAUAAUCUUUAUUAUUGGUAUGCUCUAAGUGAAUUAAGGGAGAAGCUGGGAAAAAGUCAUAAAUGCUUAAUAAAGUCGGUGAAAAUAAAAGCAAUAGCUGUCAAGUUUGACGAUUUAAUGAAACUCCGAUGGCCUGUCUAUGAAUGUGAAGGGUUUAAUUUAGAUGCUUUCGGUACUUUAAUUGAAGUCAACACAAGGAAAGUUGACAAUAAACUGGAGCCCCAUUCUGUUUGGGAAUAUCCCGCCCUUCCAGUGAGUGAUCAAUUUGAAGUUAUGGAGCUUGACUUUUGCAAAAAUAUUCAGCAAGACCUCAUAGUUGAGAAACAUGGUACAAUUUCUCCAGCUAAUCAAGAGAUUUCAAACGGUUUUGUUGUUUGGAUGGACGUCUGUUUACAUAAUAAAGAUGUUAUUUGCAACGGUCUUCUUGAUACAGUUGAAACGGGAAAGUACCUAAAGUGGAAUAGGUGGGUAAAACAAGCUGUUUAUUUUCUCGACACAACUGUGGCGUCAAAUCAAAAUUUUGAUUGGAAGGCUAAAUUUGAUGCAUCAAAGGGAACCUUCAGUUUUUUAUUAAAUAAUGAAUAA